AAUGCACAAAAUGUAUUUAUUUUGAAUAGUACGUAGCCUAAGUUGAGCUUAAGUUAGUUACAUACAUUUGUAGAUUGUUACUUUUGAUGGUUUCAAGAGGUUUUGUUCGAAGCGAUUUUUGUAUGCCACGUCACUUGGUUGAAGCUUAAGCAAGUAAUCCAAAGUACAAUCAUUUUUGUCAAACAGACAUUUCUACCCAAACCAAACCAAACUAAACCAACCAAAGCGAAACAAAGUCAGCUACACCAUUCAGAGAAAACGAUCAUUGAAAUGAAGUCGAAUGCAUAUUUACAGGGACAGACAACUAAACACACAGAGUAACAAAAACUUUUGCUAAGAAUUUUAAAUUCAUUUUACACACGCUUUAUACAACAUACAGCAGCCAAUUGAAGUUGGAACAAACCAAACAAACAGUGAGUUUAGCUAGUGCAAUUUGAGGUUAGCUGAAUUCGAAACCAAAAGUGAGGUUAAGUAGGGUCAGUGAGUGAGCUUCGUUGCUCAAGUCGAGUUUUAGUUACACAGUUAAGCGUUGUGAAGCGAAUGUUGUUAGUGAGCUACACCUAAGCAACACCAGCAAUGUAUGCAGCUGCUGGUGGCGCCUCGUUGGCCUCGCGUCAAGCACGCCAACGACAGCGCCAGCAGAAGAAGAACCAACAACUACAAGCGAAACUACAUCCACCGAAAGCAGCCGGCGCUGUUGUGCUUGCCGAUCAUGGCGGCGCCUCGACGCCGACGCGCAGUGCGUCGCGCCAGUUCCAUCAGCUGCCCACCAACUAUCUGCGCGCGCCGCAGCCGCAGGGGCGCAAACUGAGCGCCACCUACACACAGUCCAAGUCGCUGCUGCCCAUCGAGGAGGCUGGCGACACUCAGUCGGUGCUGCAGUUGCGCAUGCACUCGCACACCCAUGCGCAUGGCCACGCCCACGCACACGGACACUCCCAUCAUGCGCACAGUCAUAUGCAUCACAGCCACCUACAGGGGCCAGUGGCGGUGACGCCUGGACCGCCACAGACGCCCUAUCAGCAGUUCGCCGUCACACACGGACGCGUCUCACCGAAGCUGGUGCAUCGGCACAGCGGCAGCAGCGCUGGCUUUCAGCCGGCGGUCAGCGGGCAGCUGCACAAGUCGGCGACAGCGACGCUGCCGCUGGUGUCGCAGAUGGAGGCGACACCGCCAACGACGCCCGCGUUGCCAUCGGCUGCGGUCGGCGUUAAAACGACAGCGACGUCGUUGGAGACAGCCGCCACGCCCAGCACAUCCGCUGCGGCGGCGGCGGCAGCGGCUGCUGAUGCUGAGGCUGAGGCUGAGCUGGAGCUUGCCGGCGCCGCGGCCAUACUUAUGCCCCACCAUGAUGCGAUCAUUGUAACGCCGGCCACGCCCAUGGCCUCGCCGGGACAUGCCGCAGCCGUAAAGCUGCGUCGCGCCGCCGACGAUGAUGAGGAGGAGCUGCACGACGCUGUCGAACGCCAGCCGCUUACAGCCGGGGAUGUCUACGACGUGGACGACUCCAUGCAGGCACCCGGAGGCCCUUUGGAGCGCAAGUGCAGCGUCUAUCGCAUGCGUCGCAGCGAUGCAUUCGAGCAAAGCGAUACGGGCGGCGUAACGGGCGGCUUGAAGCGUCAGCUGCGUGAGCUGCAGUUCCAGCAGACGCAGUACGAGCCGCUGGUCAGCGAUGAGCCGCAAUUGCUCUUCAAGGGCUUGGGCAAUGGACGCAAGUGGCAAAUAUGUGCCUACUGCGAGGAGGGCAUCUGUCUCUGUGAGCACAUCGAGUGCGCUCAGGGACGUGCCGCUUGGUUGGAGCGCGGCCGGCGCUGCAGCGUACAGGAGCAACAACAACAGCAGGCCACCUGCCAUCGGCGCUGGGUGAAGCGUAAUCGAAUACAGGAUGCCUCUCUGGGCGGCUCCUCUGACGAUGAGGAUUUUCUGGGUGUGCUCCGAGGCCCGAGCACCUUUGCGAACGCUUUUCUCUAUGUGGGCUUGGGCACAGUAGCGCUGGGCCUGGUUAUUGCCUUUGUUGGCACCGGCGAGAAGGGUUUUAAAACUGUGGAACUAAGACUUAUAGGGCCCUCUCUCAUAGGACUGGGACUGAUUUGUUGCAUUUUACGCAUAUUAUUUUGCAUCUGCCCAUCGCACUGCAUCUCAUCCAGCAAGAAGACGCGUAAAAAACAAGGUAAUAAGAUCGAUGCGGAUCACACGACCUCCCUACUGCGGAAUGAGAGCAAACGUGUGUCCAUUGCACGUGGUCCCGUGCAGCCCAAAUAUCCAAUAGCGCACAAGCGCAGCCAAAGCAAAAUGCUAAAUGAGGGCAUGGAGGCAUUGCGUCAGAUAGCAACCACCUCGCUUUUCAUGCAGAACGAGCAGAAAACCUCUAUUAAUCGUGUAGUGCCCAUUAUCAAUGAACCAGGGACCGUUGAUCAUCUGUCGGAUGCGCCGCUAGAAAUGAAAAAACUACAAACUGCACUCAAUUUGUGCGAGAUGAGCGACGAGGAGCGAGAGGAGGAAAAGCAGCAUAAGCAGCUGCAGUUUGCCAAACAUACAACAACAACAACUGCCGUUACGAGUAGUACCACCAAAGCCACAACAACAACAACAAAAACAGCAGCAACGCCAAGCCUGAGCACUGUAGACGAGCGACCGAACAGUAAACUAGUGCGACAGCGUGUUGCUCUGCAGCAUCAGCGACUACAGCAGCAACAUGAGCCACUGCAACAAAUCGAGCAAUCGCAAUCGCUGUCUUCCUCCUCCACAGUGCGCGACUCGCUCGAAGGCGCUGUAGGCGUCGAGGAGACCUCACUGAUGGAUACCAGUGUGUUGGCAGCUACAUCUCCGCUCACCAGCGUUAGCACUGGCGCCAUACCCAGACUCAAAAGCAACACCGCCGCAUUCAGCGCCACAACGUCAACAGCAACAGCAACAACAAUAGCCAGCGCGCAACGUCCUGGCGUAUCAACAGGUGCCACGCCGAAGACAACGCCCACCAGCACCAGCACACGUCUAACCAGCUCACAGUCGCAUCCAAAUGCCGCCAGCUAUGAUAUGCCGCCGGCUCAGCCGCACACCUACUCUGCCACGGCAACAGUGCGAGGCCCCCUAGGCAUGACGCUAACGGGCUCCACCUCCGUCUACGCCAUGCCGUCAAGUCGCCUGAGCUCCAUUACACCGCCGAGCAAUACAACGAUCAGCCUGCUGCCGCCGCCAACAUCAAGCAGCGGCCCGACCAGCAUACCUGGACAGGUUCUGGAGCCAACGGGCAUAGCGACCACAAGUCUGAGCAUACUGCAGCCGUUGCAGUCGGCGACACGGCCGGCAACGGCGUCUUCAAUCACGGCCAGCAUGUCGGCGGCCGCAUCAACAUCAAUCUUUGGUGCCACCAAAUCACAGCCGUCAUCCGCCAACGCCACGUUGGGUCGUGGCAAUCUGCUGUUAUCUCCGCCAGCAUCAACGUCGUCAAGUAAAUUUGAGCCGGAGCUCGUGCUCAGUCCGGCAAAGCUUGGCCAGUAAUAUUGCAUAACAAUUAGCUAUGAUUUUAGUUAGGAUCUCAU